AUGAGUGAGAACCACCAGCUGUAUGAGAGGGUAAGUUCAAAUGAAACAGAUAUACCUAGACAGCCGCCUAAUUAUGAUGAUUUGGAGUCUAAUCUAGUAGAUAGAACCGAUAACGGAAUAGAGCAGUUUGAGAUAGAAGAUGAAGAUUUCGAACAACCAAGAGAAAAUGAUGGGUUCAUGGUACGGGCAUCAUUUAUGACGAAGAAAUUUGCAAGUAAUUUUAGCGCUAGGGUAAUGCAUCCGGUAAGCAAAAUGAUUGAUCCUAUAUACGAAGGCUACAGUCAUUUUAAUCUCUUGUACGAGAAAUCCAUUUUAAAGUUGGGAAACCCACUAGUGGUAAAGCGUUUGUUAUAUGUUUUUUUCAUAAUGAUCGUCAUUUUUUUAAUAACAAAAUAUAACAUUAGUGAUGGUGUAAAUGGUGUGAGUGGAGGAGCAUUUUCUUCGGGUAAAUUUUAUGACAUAGACAUGUUGGCAAAUUCAGCCCGUGAUUAUAUUGACGCUAAAGUCAUGAAAGAGAACUUGGAAUAUUUGUCUUCGAUGCCACAUAUAGCCGGUUCCAAGGGAGAUUUGACAUUAAGUAAAUAUGUGCAAAGCUAUAUGAAGGAGAAUGGGAUAAAGAUGGUUGACUUCGAAGAAUUGCAAAGUUUCACAAACUAUCCAGCUUUUGAUAAGAAAAAAACCUACGUUAAGUUAGCGGAUGAUUCUUAUGAAGCAACGUUAUACGAGCAAGAUAAGAAAGAUAUGGAAUAUUUGUCGUAUAACCCUAACUCAUUAAAUACUAAUGAUGAGUAUGAAAGUUUUUACAUAUAUGGUAACUUCGGCACUCAAGAGGACCUUAAAAAUUUAAGAGAUCAUAAUGUAAAUUUGCAAGAUUCAAUACUUUUAAUCAAGUACGGCGGUUCAAUUCCGGAUGCAAAUAAAAUCCAGAUUGCACAACAACAAGGUGUGAAAGCUGUUAUUUUCAUUAGUUCAAAGUUCGAUAUAGGAACAGGUGAUAAUAAAGUAACGCAUGAUGAUGUGAUUCAGAAGGAAAAUGUUGGUGUUAGUAGAUUUAGUCCAGGGGACGUCUUAACACCUGGCUGGUCUUCUGAGGACGGCUAUGUAACUAGAUUACCAUGGUUCAAGUCACAGACUACUCCUAAAAUCCCUACAAUCCCGAUCUCUUGGAAGGAUGCUUCGCAUUUUAUUUCACAGUUGGGUGAAAAUGGUGUAAAAUUUGAUGAUGGCUUAUAUUCGGGCUCGAAGUCCUCUGAAGCCAAACAUAAGAUUAAAUUACGGAUUACGCAUGAUCAAAGACAAACAAAUCAAAUCUGGAAUAUUAUUGGAUCAAUCCCGGGGAGGGAACAAGUAGAAAAAGGUAUUAUUAUUGGAGCUAGUAGAGAUUCAACAUGUUUUGGUACGAUGUCUACAAAUACAGGUACCGUGAUUUUACUUGAAUUGAUUAAAAUUUUCAGUGCAUUGCAAAGACAAUAUAACUGGUCUCCUGCGAGGUCAAUAUAUUUUGCAUCUUUUGAUGCUUCCGAAUACAAUUUGGCUGGAUCGACUGAAUGGAUCGAGAGUAGAAAGGAAACAUUGAAAAAGGAAGGAUAUGCUUAUAUUGAUUUAAGUGAUGCGGUAGCUGGUGAUGAUUUACUGAUUAAGUCACAUCCGUUCUUACAUAGCGUUAUAAAAGAUGCUUUGAAGAAGGUGAAGAGUGACAAGGAUGACUCCAAGCAUAGGCGUGAUGACAAUAGAAUCAGUCUUUAUGAUCUUUAUACUCAGCAGAACAAAGGCAGUGAUGAUAUUUCUAACAAUUUAAUUGACCAAAAAAAUUACAUUCCAAUCAUUAAUUUGGCGAAUAUUCCAUCAUUAGAAAUUAAGUUCACUGGUUUAAAUUAUCCUGAAAACUCUUGUUAUGACAAUUUUGAUAAUUUUGAAAAAUCUGGUGUUGAUUCUUCGAUGAGCAAGCACAAGCAACUAGUUGAAUUAUUAUCCAAGAUUGCAUUAACUUUAGCAGAAGUACCUAUUAUUCCAUAUAAUUUUGCUAACAUGGCAAGUAAGUUGGUCAGUUAUUCCGACGAUUUGGAGAAUUAUGCUAAUGCUAAGAUAAAUCAAUAUGAAAAGCAGGUCGUACCAAUUAUGCAUUUUACAACUUUACGUAAUUCAAUAGAUAGAUUAAAGACAUCCGGUGUUAGGUUUGAAGAAUGGUGCAAAGCAUGGAAGCAAUUUGUCAAGGAAUCAUCGGACAUUGAGCCUUCCUUAUUGGCAAUGAAUAGAUGGAAGUGGAAUGAUAAUAUGAUAGAACUAAAUGAGAAAUUUAUUGUCAAAUAUGUAAAGCCACCCCGCCCAGGGUACGUUAAUGUAUUAUUUGGAGUACCAUUCCUGGCUCCUGAUAAUGGCAAUGAGGAUUAUGAGUGGAAUACAUUCCCUAGUGUUAGGGAUUACCUUGAAGUAAAUGAUUUUGGUAGAGCACAGCAUGAGAUUGAUCAGUUGGCAAAUUUAAUUGAUUCUGCAGCACAACAAUUUUUAUUAUUGUGA